AUGGGGGACCACCGUCACAUGGAGCACCGCCCGGUGCAGACCAGCGCCGUCUACGUCCUCGGCGCACCUCAUUGCGACUCAAUGCCACCGCCUUCGCCGCCAUCACCACCCGUAUCACCACCAGAAGACGAUUUUCUCGAAGAAUUAGAAGAACUCAGCCUUGGUUCCCCCGAUGACAUCCCCGAGACCGAUGAGAGCUGCGUAAUGGUGCAAGACCGCUUGCAUGCCGCAACACAUGUGCUCAAGACAGAAGCAGCAGCACUGCGCUCCGUGGCAGCACUUUAUGAGACGGAUCCCGUUGCCCGCGAUGGCUUCAAUCGCACAGUCUCGGCAAUCACACGGCACAAGGGCGAGAAAGGCAAGCUCAUUAUUACGGGCGUGGGCAAGUCCGGACACAUCGCCAACAAGCUUGUCGCAACCUUCAACAGCCUUUCUAUUACCUCCGUGUUUCUGAACCCCAUUGAUGCGCUGCACGGAGAUCUGGGUAUCAUUCAAAAACACGACAUUCUCAUGUUCAUCACCUUCUCCGGCAAAACUUCAGAACUUUUCAGUUUGCUACCCCACCUCGACAAACCUUCUUCGCUGAUCAUUCUCACGGGCCACACGCGGCCGGAUACGUGCGAACUGAUCAAGCUGCGGCCAGACACUAUCUUGCUGCCCGCGCCCAUUCACGAGAGUGAAACGGCGUCGUUCGGGGUGUCCGCGCCGACAACGUCCACAACAGUCGCGCUGGCUGUGGGUGAUGCGCUCGCUAUUGCGGCGGCGCAGGAGCUGCAUCCCAGCGUGUCGAAUGUCUUCUCACGAAAUCACCCUGGAGGGGCAAUCGGCGCCGCCUUCAGGAAACCGCAGACGAUUCUAGAGCUGGCCGUCCCGUGGACCGAUAUCCCCGACUCGGACAUGCUUUGCCCGGAUAGCGUCGGCGCCGACUUAUUCCGGGCUGCUUAUGAUUCUCCUUCGGGAUGGGUACGCGCAGGGAACGACGUGGCAUCCCCAGCCCGGAUCAGGAAACUAGCCACGGAAGACUUCACACGACCUCUGAAAGGCAUUUCAGGGCUGAUGGUGCCGCGAGCCGAGAUGUUGUCUCUGUGUUCGACGUUGACGAUACGUCGGGCCGUGGACUUCGUGAGGAACAUGCAGAUGGCGGCGGACGACGGGGAGUACGUGUGCAGUCCGGACUCGAUCCUCGCAGUGCUGGAUCAAGGGGACAUUGUCGGUGUUUUGGAAGUCGGGAAGCUCUUGGAAUGGAAGGAUUGA